AUGAACAAUAAACUUUACUCUUCGCUAUGCACAUUCUUCACUUACUGUUUUUCAUUGCAAUUGCACUACUACUUCUUCAUGAGCCUCAUUGUUAGUGGAACCAACUUCACUACUAGAGAUAAGCAUGCACUUGUUGCUCUCAAAUCUUCCAUAACUCAGGACCCUCACCACUUCCUCACACAUAAUUGGUCCACCAACUUCUCAGUAUGCAACUGGUUUGGUGUCACCUGUGAUCAUCGCCAUGGAAGGGUAAGAACCUUGAAUCUUGGUGACAUGGGUCUUAGUGGUACCAUACCCUCUCAUUUGGGGAACCUCUCCUUCCUCAUUGAACUCAACCUUGGUGGUAACACUUUCCAUCACAACUUGCCACAAGAACUAGUUCAUCUUCGAAGAUUGAAGUCACUUAACUUGAGCUACAAUGAAUUUAGUGGCAAUGUUCCACAAUGGAUAGGAGCCUUAUCUUCUCUUCAACACUUGAACCUUAAAAACAAUAGGUUUGGUGGUGUUAUUCCAAAGUCUAUAUCAAAUUUAACAGUGCUAGAGACCUUGGAAAUUGGCCACAAUCUUAUUGAAGGCUCCAUUCCAUAUGAAGUUGGCAGAAUGAGCCAAUUGAGGAUCUUAUCCAUGUCAGUAAACCAUCUCUCCGGACCUCUCUUCUUUGCGUGGAAUCAGUUUGUCUUAUAA